AAGCACCGCCUCGUACUGCCCCUCAGCAACUGCUUACGGCACGGUUAUGAAAACUAAAGACGAGCUUUUGAUGCAGAUUAACAAUUCACAACAGAGAGAUUUAAUGAUGACAACAUCAUGGAGCGAUCGACUUCAGGACUAUGCAGAUCUCCCAGCAAACAUGGAUGGCCUGGCGAUGAAGAAAUACAGGAGAGAGGCCUAUCAUAGAGUGUUUGUGAACAGAAGUCUGGCCAUGGAAAAGAUUAAAUGCUUCGGCUUUGACAUGGACUACACUUUAGCAGUAUACAAGUCACCUGAAUACGAAUCGUUGGGCUUUGAUCUGACUGUGGAGCGGCUGGUCUCCAUUGGCUACCCGCAGGAACUGCUCGGAUUUGUUUACGACCCCACUUUCCCUACAAGAGGUCUGGUGUUUGACACCAUGUAUGGCAACCUCCUGAAGGUAGAUGCUUAUGGAAACAUCCUGGUCUGUGUCCACGGAUUUAACUUCCUGCGAGGCCCUGACACCCGAGAGCUCUAUCCCAACAAGUUUAUCCAGCGUGAUGACACAGAACGCUUCUACAUCCUCAACACACUCUUUAACCUUCCAGAAACAUACCUUUUAGCCUGCCUGGUUGACUUCUUCUCAAACUGUGACCGUUAUUCAAGCUGUGAAAAGGGCUUUAAGGAUGGAGACCUCUUCAUGUCCUUCAAGAGCAUGUUCCAAGAUGUCCGAGAUGCUGUAGACUGGGUACAUUUCAAGGGAACAUUGAAAAAGAAAACAGUGGAAAACCUGGAGAAGUAUGUUGUGAAAGAUGCCAAGUUGCCAUUGCUGCUGAGCCGCAUGAAUGAAGUCGCUAAAGUUUUCUUAGCCACCAACAGUGACUACAAAUACACAGAUAAAAUUAUGACGUACUUGUUUGACUUCCCCCAUGGCCCAAAGCAUGGCACUUCACACCGUCCAUGGCAAUCAUACUUCGACCUCAUCCUAGUAGAUGCCCGAAAGCCUUUAUUUUUUGGAGAGGGAACUGUUCUAAGACAGGUGGAUACGACUACAGGCCGGCUGAAAAUAGGAACAUACACUGGACCUUUACAACAUGGCAUUGUUUACUCUGGAGGUUCUUCUGACAUUGUGUGUGACCUGCUUGGAGCAAAAGGGAAGGAUAUUGUGUACAUUGGGGAUCACAUUUUUGGAGAUAUUCUUAAGUCCAAGAAGCGUCAGGGUUGGCGGACGUUCCUGGUGAUUCCUGAAUUGGCUCAGGAGCUGCAUGUUUGGACAGACAAAAGCUCUCUGUUCGAGGAACUGCAGGGCUUGGACAUUUUCUUGGCAGAACUAUACAAGCAUUUGGACAGCAGCAGCAAUGAGAGGCCAGAUAUCAGUGCCAUCCAGAGAAGAGUGAAGGUAGACACACUAAAUCACACACUCGCAUUCCGAACAUUUCAGUUAUAUCUGAUUUUACUAGAUGUGAAACGGCUGAACUUUUAUCUUAGUUUUUUAUUUUGUUUUAUGAACAGCAUAUGUGACACGCCCUCAAGAAAUGUGUUUCCAGUAAAUAAGCUUGUAAUGGUAGCUUAUAAGUCUUGUAAAUGUAAUUCCAUGGUAAUCAACAGCCCACCACGUGUGUUGUCUAUAGAUAACAUUAAUAGGCUACUAGAUGUCAUCAACCUGCUCUACUACCCCUUCAGCUACCUGUUCAGAGCCGCUCACGUGCUGAUGCCCCAUGAGUCCACAGUGGAGCACACUCACGUAGACACAGAUACCGAGUCUCCUCUGGCCACACGCAACCGCCACUGUGUGGACUGCAAGGACAUCAACUGUAAAAGAAACCAGCUCACACGCUCCAUCAGCGAAAUCAAACCGCCCCACCUGUUCGCUCAGCCGCCGCAGGAAAUCACACACUGCCACGACGAAGAUGACGACGAAGAGGAGGAGGAAGAGGAGGAAGAGUAGAUGUUUUUGACCUAUCCUAGGGUAAAGAUCUGUAGGGUGAUGAUGAUAGAGUGAUGAGGUGGAUGGAUGAAGUAGACUAUAAUUGCCAAACCAAGCUCAAAAACUUACCAGACUUCAGUUCACCCAAACUGACAGUUUCCUCCAUUAAAGAUAACUAAUGCGUAAGUUAUGCAAAAAACAAAAAAAAUUGUUUUAUCAGUCACUAUAAAAGCACAUAAUGUCAUGUGAUAAACAUCCAAUGGAAACACAGUGGAAGGAAUACAUAUUUUACUGUGAACUGAUGGUAAAACUUAUGAGUUUACAUGCAUCAUACAGACAGCAUGCUGGCAAAGACUCAGAAAAUCCAAGCCUGUUAGGACAAGUGUUAAAGUUGGUUAUUGGAUCCAUACAGAUACACGUUAUAGUCAUAUUUUACUAUUGUUUAAUAGUUUUUAACAGUUUAGACAUAACUUUUUAAGUAGCCAGUCCAUUCAGUCAGAUUAGAUUAUUAAAACCUCGUGUGUUUUAAACCUUGUGUUUUAAAGCUGUGUAUGUUGGCAAGGUGUUUGUGUUGAAGUCCUGCGUGUGUUGAGAAUCUGAAUGAAGCACAGAAAACCGAAGCACGGUUCAUUGUGACGUGUGUAUGGAAGUGUAGCCAACACAAGAAUCCAGUUACUUGGCAACAGCAUGCAGCUGCUUUUUUUAAAGGUUUGUUGUUAACCUCUUGGUUUUCAUCUUUUUUAAUGCAGACAUUUUGGUUAGCGCUAAUGCUACAGAGUAGCAAACAGAUGCCUCGUGUAUUAGGGUGCAAAAUGAGAGACAUCAUAUCAGUACCUGCUCUAAUUUCGGCAACAAUGUCACAUUGAACAAUGAC